CCUCCCGGGGCGGGGAGCGAAGGUAACCGGGCCGGGCCGGGCCGGGCCUGCACCAUGCGCGGCGGGGGCUGGCGGAGCCUCGGCACCGCCUUGCGAGCUGGGGCCCUGCUCCGAGCCGGGGUGCGCAGAGCUUUUUAAGCUGACUCACAGCCCCAAGUAGGUCCCGUGUGGCUGCGAGCUUUCUUCCUGCACACAGAGCACGAGCAGAGGAAGUCGAAGACGGUCACGCAAGCCGACAUGAAGGUGGAGCUCCUCCCGGCCCUCACAGACAACUACAUGUACCUCCUCAUCGACGAGGAGACGAAGGAGGCCGCAAUAGUUGAUCCCGUGCAGCCCCAGAAGGUUUUGGAUGCAGUCAAAAAGCAUGGCGUGAAGCUGACCACUGUCCUGACCACACACCAUCACUGGGACCAUGCUGGAGGAAACGAGAAGCUCGUUAAGAUGGAGACGGGGCUGCGCGUGUACGGCGGGGACAGCAGAGUUGGAGCUCUGACACAGAAGGUGUCUCACCUGACAACGCUCAAGGUGGGAUCUCUUAAUGUGAAAUGCCUCUGUACGCCGUGUCACACUUCUGGACACAUCUGUUAUUAUGUGACUAAGCCAAAUAGCUCCGAGCCACCUGCUGUUUUUACAGGUGACACGCUGUUCGUGGCCGGCUGUGGGAAAUUCUUCGAGGGAACCCCAGAGGAAAUGUACAGAGCGCUGAUUGAGAUCUUGGGCAGCCUGGACCCUGAAACGAGAGUUUACUGUGGUCACGAAUACACUAUCAACAAUCUCAAAUUUGCUCGGCACGUUGAACCCAAUAAUGCAAGUAUCCAGGAGAAGCUUGCUUGGGCCAAGGCCAAGUACGACAGCGGCGAGCCAACCAUACCCUCCACCAUCGCAGAAGAGUUCACGUACAACCCCUUCAUGAGAGUGAGGGAGAAGACAGUUCAGCAGCACGCCGGGGAGACGGACCCUAUCCGGACAAUGGGAGCCAUCAGAAAAGAGAAGGAUAACUUCAGGGUCCCGAAGGACUGAGCACUCUGCCUAGGUCACUUUACUGUCAGUUUCAUAGCAACUUGGAUUAUUCAGAUGUCUUAGGAAUUGAACGUUCUGUUGUGGUCGAGACAGUCUUAUUUAGGUUUCUAUUUUAUUUUAAUUGAGGAAAAAAAAAGCACUUUGCCCUUGUUGAGAUACUCUACAGCAUAUUUAUAUUAUGAUGAAGAAUAUUUAUCCCUUUAUUGCUGGCUCUCCAACUGUCACGUGUCACAUGCAGAUCAUUUUACAAGCGUUGGUACAUAGCUCAGAGGCUGGGGUAGGGAAGGGCCGAGCCUUGAGACCUAGGAAAAAAACUCCUGUUAUUUUAUAGGCGCCUAAUGUGAAUGCAGACAGUAGGAUUGGGGCUGCUCUACGUGAAGGUAUUCGGUCUCCAUUUAAAGCAGGGACAAAAUGCAGUUAACUGCAUUGCCAUCUGAAGAUAGAAACUUUUCUUCCAUGCUGCUACUUAAACUAUUCUGUCACUUCUGGCUCUACUAAAACCUCUCGGUGACAGACCUGCUCUGCUGCAGCCAGUUUAGGGCAUGGUUUGUUAAAUAUGCUGUGGCCUGGCUCUUCCCAUGGCACGCCGGGACUGUCCAGCUGUUUUGCAGGGAUCUUCUCUUCUCUUUGACAUUCCUUGUCAUGGACUGCAGUAACUUUUCCAGGCAGCAUGCUGGCUUAGAGAUUGCACCGCUGCUUAUGCCCUUUCCCUGUUAACUGAAGCCUGCUUGCAUGCACCUGCUUACUGCUCGUGGGUGUGAUCUGUGUGUUACUUGUGUGAGUACCACAAAAAUGAAGAAGGAAUUUGUCUGCUGUUCCCUGAGAAGAAAGGACUUACCUAGCAUAUAAGUGUCUUAAAGGCUUGGCAUCUGUCCUCAAUGCAUCUUCCUCCCAGGUGUGUUAAAUCCCUCGUUUCUUGGUCUCAGUUGCAUGCUGCGGAUCUGCUCAAAUACAAGAGAUUUGCAAACAAAUGUUUCACAGCUGAAUCUGUAACAGAUUUGAACAGUUUUGGUUCCAGUUUCUCUCCCUAGUGCACGCUGGUUGGUAAGCAGUGCCGUGAGGGAGUGCACAACCGCCUGUACUUUCAGCUCUGUAACUUGGUCUGCUGUUCUAAAGAGCGUGCUGAGUGGCAGUGUAGGAACGGAGUUUGGUGUAGCACCAUUUCCUUAUUUGCUUUAAAAAAAAAAAAAAAGGGUAAAUUUUUAUGUAUUUUAGAAAAAUGGUACCUAAAACUUUACUGACUCCUUAACUUGAAUGCUGUGCUGCUACAACUAAGCAUGACUGUACUGGUGGCUGUUUGACAACUGGGGAAAUAAACGCAGCUGUAAACAGUGUGGCAGUCUGGAAAAAAAGUGGA